CAGCAUUCACGGUCCAUCACACGACGAGCGAGCAUCCGCUGAUCAGCCACCUGCACGUCUGACAGACACCGCGCGACGACUCAGACGCCAUGCAGAAGGACGAUCCGAGCUCCUCAUCGCAGCACGCAUUGAUACAGCGCCUCUUCAAAGAACUUGCAGGUACUUGGCUUCUGGAUCGGAAGUUACGAAGCGCAAAUGCUUCAGAGCCGUCUGGACAAUGCAAGGGCAAAGCCACUUUCACGGAGACACAACCAUCUCCGGCCAUUGACGCCGACGGAAAGCUGCAGCUUGCCGAUGCUGAGCUCCUUUACCGUGAGCAGGGCGAGUUCGAGAUGGACACCCCCGCAUCAGUUCCAAACAAAAGUGUUCCGAAAUUCUCCUUCUCCCGGCAGUAUAUCUGGCGAUUACAGCAGUCAGGAGGCGUCGAUACUAUAAGUAUCUGGUUUACAAAGCCAGGCACCGAUAAGAUUGACUAUCUGUUCCACAAGGUUGAUAUGGUUCUCGACGACCACGACGGCUCCAAUUCUGAACACGAUAUAGUUCUUCGCGGUCAAGGGGGACACCUCUGCGUCGAGGACUACUACAGCAGCUCUUACGUCUUCGAGAUGUCGGCCACAGACCAUACCACGGACCGACUCUCAUCCUGGAGUAUGAUGCAUGAGGUCCGUGGGCCCAAGAAGGAUCAAAUCAUCGAGACGACAUUCACCAAAACGUGACGUACUACUCUCUCGCGCCCUUCUGUCCUUUUCAGCCUCGUCACUGCGAAUCCUACGCUUCCUCUUGAUACUCGAAAGAUCACCCUCCUUCGGUCUUCGUAUGGCUUACUACUCGGCGCAAACCCAGUUGGGCCGCCAAGUGCAUUCUUAAGAGUAAUAUUACAUCACCAAUGGCUCCGUCGCACAUCAAUCCACUUUACAUGUUGACAGUACUGCCAGCCCACAAAUUAUCGAGUUUUAUCACCCAGAUUUCAAUUUGCAAGCAGGAUCAAAAACUAUACUGGGAGGAACGUGCUGUACGCGCAUGGGGGUGCUCAGAUGUGUUCGCGUGCAGAUGCAAUAGCUUGCACAGCCUUGCUCUAGACGAGAUACUCGCCGAGUGAGAUCCUGUACAACUGGCGAACUUCUGAGUUGCUGGUAGAUGCACCAUGGUCGGGGCCGUUGUCCCAGUACCGCACUAAGAAUCGAAUUUUCAAGGCGCGUUAAUCAUGGAUCACCAUUCCGCCAUUUCAAAAUCAAAGGUUUCCUGAUCACCUCCCAAAGAUGUUGGCAUGAUGAGAUAGUUGGCCGGGUCCAGAAAUCGAUCAAAUAGCUGCGUUGUCAAGGCUGUAUCCUGCUGAGCCGCUUUUCGAAGAUUGUGGAUCGCCGGACCCAUUUCGAAGGUAUUGUGCAAGGCGAAGCUGUCAUGAGUGCUGGCGGAGUUCUCUGUUAACUGAUCCGUCCCCAAAUCUACACCCUUGCUCAGCGACGUGAUGAUGUCCUGUCUUUCGGCUGUGGCAGUCUCCGAUCUGGCAUUCUUCUUGAGCCCAGCAAGAAGGAAUUCGAAGAUCCUCAUGCCCCAAAAGGCGGGUUCCCAGCAAUCUUGCACUUCGUUGAGGACUAUCUGGCAAUUGUCCAGGGCGGCUUGGCCCAGUUGAGCGAUCAGGGGCUGCGACCUGCGUAUAAGCCGGAAGAAAACGAUCCCAGCGACGAAAAAGGCUGGGAAUACUUCCUGCGGGAGAGAAUGCACCAUAGACCUCGUCAUCAAAUUAAGCGAUGUUGAGGCUAUGGUUUGAGCCGCGGACUCGGCAAUCUCGGACGUCGGAGCCUCUGCGUCGGCCAAUCCAGCAGUGGAGAUAUUUGGUGAGUCUCCACGUGGAAGAUAAAUGAGAAUUAGAUGAUGG